GAGGUGCGCGGGAUACCGCCUGGACUGGUCGCCAGUCUACCAGAGGGCCCACGUACAGAGACAAACAACCCCUCGGGCUCACACCAACAUCUACGGCCAAUUUAGAGCCGCCAAUUGACCUAACCUGCGUGUCGGUGGACUGUGGGAGGAAGCCGGAGUACACGGAGGAAACCGGCGCAGGCAGGCAGGCAGGCAGGCAGGCACGGGGGAGAACAUGCCCAGGGACCCAGGACCUUCUUGCUGUGAGGCGACAGCGGUAACAACAGAACCACCGUGUCGCUCAAUUCACCUCAACUCAACUCAAUUCAAUUCGAAAGUUGGAAAAAAAAAAAAAUCAAAAAAAAUCAAGUUGUACCUUUAAGAAAGAGCGUCAUCCCCGCGUUGCAGCCUCGUCUAUGACGUUCCCUCGCUCCCGGCAUGCACACUGGAAGUACAAUUAUUGCUAAUGGCGGGUAUUUGUACCAAACAUGCUUAUGUUAAGCUAUCGCUUGCUAACUGUAUAUAGUAAUAUAAAACUUUUACUGAUCUCGAACCAACUGCCGCUGUGUGCUUCAAAGCAUCUCCGAGGACAAACAAAGUGAAGGACUGGAGUAAGAGGCGCAGGGGACAUUGUAACUGUUACCAUCAUGUGGCUGCUCCCCGUCAACUACUGACAAGAACUGCAACUGGGCAGGAAGACAACGUGUUUGAAUAGAGAAAUAGCUUCAGUUGCGAUGUUAGCUCCCUGAAACGUGUGUGACAGAGCCGCAACUCCAAAACUACUGCACGAUUAGCGAACUUAAUGGGACGGAGGGAGUUAAGCUAGCACGGAGACCCAGUGUUCAUUCAUUCAUCCGACCGUUAGUUUCUCUGCCAAUAAAUCUCAGCAGUCCCAUGAAACGGAAAUGAUUUCGGUAAAAUUAUCGGUCUCGGUGUUGCUAUUAUUAAUGACUGUUGCUCGAAUUAACGCCAGCUCGAAGCUAAAUAUCCCCAAGGUGUUGCUACCGCUUGCCAGAAGCACGAGAAUUAACUUCACACUGGAAACUACGGAAGGCUGCUACCGAUGGUCUUCCACCAGACCAGAGGUGGCAAGCAUCCAGGCUGUGGAUGAAGUGAGCGGCAGAGGCUGCUCCAGGAGAGCUGUUCUCCAGGCUCUCUCCACCCAGCCCUCCAGACUGACCAGCAUCAUUCUGGCUGAAGAUGUUGUUACAGGACAGGUACUUCGCUGUGACGCUAUUGUCGACAUCAUCAGUGAGAUCCAGAUAGUGUCGACCACCAGAGAGCUACAUCUUGAGGACUCACCCCUGGCACUGAAAAUUCAUGCACUAGACUCUGAAGGAAACACCUUCAGCACCCUUGCAGGUCUAGUGUUUGACUGGACCUUAGUGAAAGAUGUAGAUGUGAAUGGAUUCUCUGACUCUUACAAUUCAUUACGGGUACUUAAAUUCUCUGAGUCCACAUACACGCCCCCUGGGUACAUAUCAGAAAUGGAGCGUGUUGGGAAGCAGGGCGAUAUUAUUUUGGUGUCAGGACUGAAAACAGGACAUGCAAAGUUGAAGGCCAAAAUACAAGAGUCAUUAUAUAAGGAUGUGGGUGCUGCAGAGGUGAGACUGCUGAUUUUAGAGAACAUCCUGCUGAGUCCCGCGCAUGAUGUCUACUUGUUAGUGGGAACGUCUAUCCGAUACAAAGUCCUGAAGAUAAGACAGGGCACAAUCACAGAGCUCUCUAUGCCUUGUGAUCAGUAUGAGCUGCACCUUCAGAACAGUGUGGCUGGCCAGAACGGAAACCCAGACGUUGCUGUGGCCAGUCUGGAUCAAAGCAUCUCCACGGUUACAGCAGUUCAGCUGGGACAUAUCAAUGUGGUGCUGGAUCAUAAAAGCCUUCGAAUGCAAGGAGUGUCUCGCCUACCCAACAGCACUCUGUAUGUGGUUGAACCAGGCUACCUAGGUUUUAAAAUUAAUCCCGGAGACAGCUGGGUUCUCGAAACAGGCAGAUUAUAUGAUAUCUUCAUUGAAGUAUUUGAUAAAUCUGGCAACAAAAUUUACCUGUCUGAUAAUGUCCGUAUUGACACUGGUUUUCCUGCGGAGUACUUUGAACUCCUGGAGUCUUCUCUGAAUGGAUCAUAUCAUCGUGUCAAAGCGCUCAAAGAAGGCCUAACUCUCAUUGAUGCUACCCUAAGAGCUGUUGUGGAUGAAAGUGGAAAGGUCCAUGCACUCGCCAACCCGGUCCACAAUGAACAGGAUGUGGAAAUCUAUAACCCUAUAGUUCUUAGCCCCAGUAUUCUCACAUUUCCAUGGCAGCCCAAGGUUGGCGCUUAUCAGUACACAAUAAAGGCCACAGGAGGGAGUGGAAAUUUUAGCUGGUCUUCCUCUAAUACAGCUGUCGCCACAGUGACCGUAAAAGGAGUGAUGACAACAGUCAGUGACAUUGGCGUCAGUGUAGUUUAUGCUCAUGAUCUACGCAACCCACUACACUUUGGCCAAAUGAAGGUAUACGUUGUUGAACCCGUGGCCAUGGACUUUGCACCUUGCCCAGUAGAGGCUAGGGUGGGUCUGGUUCUGGAUCUGCCUCUCAGGAUUUUCGGCCUGCUGGAGGAGGUGGAGAAAGAGCGGGUUAUGUUGAGUGACUGCUCCCACUUUGACCUGCAGGUUGAGGAGGAGAGCCAUGGUGUCUUCCAACUACUCGACGGGAGGCUGGCUGCAGGCCAGGACCACUGCAGUGGGGUGAGAGCCAAGGCCCUGGCCCCUGGGUAUACCAUGCUUACUGUCAGCUACACCCACGGCAACGUUCACCUCAGUGCCAAGAUCACUAUUGCUGCCUAUCUUCCUCUCAGAGCGAUUGACCCUGUAUCUGUGGCUGUGGUGACUCUUGGAUCAUCUAAAGACAUGCUGUUUGAGGGCGGGCCACGGCCUUGGGUUUUAGAGCCUUCAAGGUUCUUCUGCAACUUGAGUGCUGAGGAUGAUGCCAGCGUGAGCCUUACUCUGACUAGUCCCUCAUCUCACAAUUAUAACCAGCACUGGGUCAGAGCAACCUGCAGGGCACUGGGAGAGCAGGUGCUAGGGGUGAUGGUGGGGAACAAGGCCAGUGUAACCAAUCCUUAUCCUGCUGUGGAGCCCGCAGUAGUCAAGUUUGUAUGUGCUCCUCCAUCUCGCCUCACCUUGGUGCCGGUAUAUACCAGCCCACAGCUGGACCUGACCUGCCCGCUGCUGCAGCAGAACAAACAGGUGGUACCUGUUUCAAAUUACCGUAACCCCGUUUUGGACUUGGCUGCUUUUGAUCAACAAGGAAGGAAGUUUGACAACUUUAGCUCUCUGAGCAUGUUGUGGGAAUCGACAAAGGUGUCGCUGGCCAGUAUUGAACCCACUAUGCCUAUGGAGCUUCAGCUGUUCGAGGAUGGCAACAAACAGAUGAAACUCUACGGACGUCAGACAGUUCUUGUCCAUCAUCAGACAGGCAUUGCUGCCAUUACUGUGAAAGCGCUGGGUUACCAAGUUUCACAUCUAGCAGCAGCCAAUGUUCCCAGUCCGUAUGAUCCCUUGACCCCGGUCUCAGCCACUCUGGAGCUCCUGUUGGUUGAGGAUGUGAAAGUUUCUCCUGACACAGUGACCAUAUACAACCACCCAGAUGUGCGGGCGAACCUGGCCCUGCGAGAGGGUUCAGGACACUUUUUUGUCAAUACCAGUGUUAAAGGGAUAGCGGACGUGGUAUUCCAGGAGGCCCAUGGAACAGCUCAGGUCUCUCCCGUCCACCCAGGAGUGGUGAAGGUGAUGGUUCAUGACCUUUGUCUGGCAUUUCCAGCACCUGCCAAAGCCACAGUACAUGUUUCUGACAUCCUGGAGGUUUAUGUGAGAGUGGUUGACAAGGUGGAGAUUGGCAAAUCUGUGAAGGCUUAUGUCAGAGUCUUGGAUGAUAACAAGAAGCCCUUCCCAGCUAGCUAUUUCCAUUUCAUGAAUCUAAAACUCAAGGCAGCUUCUGCAAUAGUCUCUCUAAAACCACUAGGAGAGUUCACAGAAAAUGAUACAGCUGUUUUUCUGGUGAAAGGUGUUUUGAUUGGUCAGACCACUCUGUCAGCUGUUGUUGUGGAUAAAAAUGGGAGAAAAAUUGCAUCCCCACCUCAGCAAAUUGAGGUAUUUCCACCAUUCAAACUCAUCCCAAGGAAAAUUACUCUUUUAAUUGGAGCAAUGAUGCAGAUCACAUCUGAGGGUGGCCCUCAGCCUCAGUCCAAUAUCCUUUUCUCUAUUUCCGAUGAGGAAAUAGCGUCUGUUAAUGGCAUGGGCCAUGUCAGGGGUAUUGCCAUUGGUAAUGUCACUGUUACUGGACUGGUCCAAGCCGUAGAUGCCGAAACUGGGAAGCUAGUUGUUGUAUCUCAGGAUCGAGUAGAAGUUGAGGUUGUGCUUUUGACAGCCAUUCGAAUCAGAGCACCUAUUACAAGAAUGAAGACAGGAGCACAGAUGCCUGUAUAUGUGAUGGGUCUGACCAAUAGUCAAACACCCUUCUCCUUUGGCAAUGUUCUACCUGGGCUAACCUUCCACUGGUCCACCACCAAGAGAGAUAUCCUGGAUGUCCAAUCAAGACACAUUGAGGCUAACGUGGAGCUCCAGUCAGAGCAUAACUUUGGCAUGACGGUAACUGGAAGAACUAGAGGGCGGACAGGGCUGACGGUGGUGCUCAGAGUUACUAGCCCCGAGGCUGGGCAGCUAGUGGGGAACCUUCAGGAGCUCAGAGAUGAAAUCCAGAUCCAGGUCUAUGACAAGCUACACAUGCUUAACCCUGAAGUAGAGGCUGGGGAGUUACUGAUGGCUCCGAACUCAGCCCUCAAACUCCAAACUAACAGGGAUGGUGUAGGUGCACUCUCAUAUCGGAUGCUGGAUUGCCCUGACCAGGUUGUUACCGCUCAAGUGGAUGAUAAGGGCUUUCUCCUCUCUGGCUCUCUCACUGGCAUCUCCUCUCUGCUGAUCACCUCGCAAGAGACUUUUGGUGUCAAUCAAACUCUCAUCCUUGCUGUGAAGGUGGUGCCUGUGUCCUACGUGCGGUUCAGUACCAGCCCAGUGCUCUACACACACACCAGAGAGAGCCUGAAAGUCUUCCCCCUGGGCAUAGUACUCACCUUCUCUGUCCACUUUCAUGCCAGCACUGGAGAGUCCCUACACAGUUCCAACUCUCAUCUUACAUUUUCCACAAACAGAGAUGACCUGGUGCAGAUGGGGGUUGGGCCUGGUAAUCACACUCUGACUGUGCGGACGGUCAACGUAGGCCUCACCCUUCUCGCAGUGUGGGACAGUGAAAAUAUGGGUGUCGCGGACUACGUUCCACUUCCUGUCACGCAUGCUAUUUAUCCACAUGAGAGCCACAGACUGGUGGUGGGAGAUGUAGUUUGCUUCUCUGCCCAAUUAACCAGCCCAGACGGUGUUCAUGGUACUUGGAGUUCCUCAGCUAAUGGUGUCCUUCAGGUGGAUCCUAAAAGUGGUGCAGCUGUAGCCAGAGACUCUGGGACAGUUACUGUGUACUACGAAAUACCUGGUGUUUUGAAAACCUACAGAGAGGUAAUAGUGGAAGCAGCUACUAGAACGGCAGCUAUGGCACAGGCUGCACCUGUCAGGAAUGGCAAGGAGACAAAGGUCCUACUCACUACCAGAGAAAGCGGAACCAACCUCAUCGGAACCUGUUCUUCUGCCCAGACUGAAGCUAUUCCUCAACUGCAUCCAGAAACCUCAUUCAGUUGCCAACUUAGCUUCACGAGUGAUGCUAUUGAUUUCCCUGCUAGUGAUGUCUUCACAACGCACACAGGCUUUGACUCCAGCAUUGGCCUCUACACAUGUUCCGUGACCUUGGAGUCGAUGUCUGACCAACAGACCCGUGUGCUCAGCAUGUCCAUGACCAACCUGCUGGUGAAAGCAGGCCUGGAGGGCAGUGCUUUCUCUGGGGAACAAGUCAGUGCCAGGCUGCCCAUAGAGCCAGGCCUCUACUCUGACCAGACUGAGCUGCUGCUCUCAAACCUGCAUCCAUCAGCUGAGCUCACAGUCUAUGGCCCCACUGCCGCCCUGUCCAACAUGGAGGUGGUGUCUACUUCUCCCAACAUCGCUGUCCAAGAGAAGGAGGUACAUCAUGGCUUUCCCAGUUUCUCAAAGUACACCAUCAGUGCUGUGGACCCUCAGGCAGCAGUAACUGCUUCUAUUUCCAUAAGCAGCACUUCCUCCAGCCAGAGUCUCCUCAUCCCAGUCACCUUGAUUCACGUAGCUGAUCCCAGCGCUGCAAUGCAAGCUGCUCCUCCAGUUGUUAGCAUGGAGGGGGGCCACUCCCUGCACAGCUUCAUAAACUGCUACCAGAUGAUGUUCUUCACCCUGUUUGCUCUGCUGGCCGGUACGGCUAUCGUCAUCAUCGUCCUCCACACAGUGUUCUCUCCAAGAGAACAAACCUAUCACCCUGCUUUCAUCCAGAGGACACCACCACCACCCAUCUCAGGUUUAGACUCUCCAGUAGUGAAUUCCUUCAACCGCACAAUACACAGGACUGACCCAAACAGCAGCCCCAGGUCACGUCUCUAUUCUCCAGACUACAUGUCCUGAUAAAGCCCUCCGUCUGGUCUUUAUUCUUCAAAAGUAGAACACCACAGGCCCUUAAUGCAUAUUGAAUGUGCCUCUGUCCCUCUGGAUGAAUGCUGUGGGAUGUGACUGCAAAAUCUCUGCUCCAUUGUCUUCAUGUUGAUACAAAUGCUUAAAAAAAAACUUCAUUUUCAGAAUAGCAGAUCAGUUAAGGACUGCAAGAAGAUAACAGGGCUAUUUUCUUUGUGUGUACUUUUUUGUGUGUGGAAACAAGUUUAUAUAUACAGUAUAUAUGUCUUUUGUGGUUUGCCAUGGAAAUAGUUUUUAUACAAGACCACUCUGUUAUAAACUGAGAUCUUUUGAAGAGUUUUGAAGAGAGCUUAAAAACCAAAUCACUAGUUUGUGCUUAAAAAGUGACACUUUUUGUUUUUGUUUGACAUUUACCUGUGUGCUACUUAUCAUAUUUUGAUGUGAAAUUUAAUAACUCAGGAUGAACCACCGUCUUGUAUGACAGAAAGCAAACAUCAACUCGAAAAUGUUUAUUUUUCGAGCAGAAACCAUCUGUUAUGUUGUAGCUUAAACAUUUUGUGAAAAUGUCCACUGAAGCCGUCCUCCUCACAGUUGCUGAACCCUUCAUAUGUGCAUAAUCCUAACCGGAAAAAGGUUGGUUUAUUUCUGUUUUGGGCAUUUUGAGAGGAGUUUAACUUCCUGAUUAUUUAACAUAACUGAGUUUUUGAGCCACAAUACAUGCAGCUCCUGUCUAAUUCAUUAAUGUGAAACAGUUAAGAAAUGUGAAACAUCAUUCAGCCUUAUCCCAGUGUUGCUUCAUUGCAAAAAUGGUCAAACAUGACCUGGUCUCAUUUCUGAAAAUGUGAUGAUUCUCCUUCUGUUUGUUCUUACCUGCCAGGCUAUCCAGAAAGAGGUUACUGUAGCACUGUUCAAUUGCUGGGACAUAAGAGUGUGACUUAGUUUUAAAUUAGAUAUGUUUGCUUUGGAAGAAAAAAUGUUGAUGAGGAAUGGUAUUUAUGUUAGCUAGUGAAACUCAGUUUUGCUGAGAGGGGAAUGUGUGUGACGAUCAAUGGAUUCAGUGUUGUUUUUGUGUUUAAGAUUCAUGGUCAUGCCUUACAAUCAUAUCUGAACAGCUUUCAGCACAUAAUACAGACGUGGGUUUGUUUGCUUGUGUGAAUAUGCUCUUGCCUUUGCUAAUUAAAGUUUUUACUUUUUAUGUUCA